GUUGGGCACAGCAGCAGCUGAAGAAGAGGUUGUCGGUGACCUUGUCAUUAGUUGUGGGUGCCUUCUCCAUCAAAAACAGGCAUCGACGUGCCUUUCAGUCCGAUGACAAUGGUCGAGUUUGUAUCGUCAACAAAAAUAUGGCCGCGAAGACCAUCAGACUCCCAUCCGAAAUCGGCGCUGCGGUUCCAUCUUUCUCCUACAUCUUCCCAGUCGGUUUCUGUUUCAUCUUUGACAUACGCGUUGGCCGUCAUAAUAGCCAAGUUCAAAACAGUGUCCUUAUCUUUGAUGUCGGGUGAAGACACCUGGUCCAUAGUCCACGCCGAUGCGUCAAGCACAGCUGCGUAUCCUCUCUGCCGAGACUCGGCAACCAUAGGGUCGACGACGGAUGGUCUCCGGUCCACCAGACGCUGAAUUGUCUGGGGAUGGCUCUUGGCUUUUAAUCGAGAGAUAUCGUAUUCGCCAUAUUCAUCUUCUGCAGCUAGGUAGACCCUUGACUGGUCAUGAACAACAUCUCGCUUCCGAUGGAGGCCUGGGUGGAGAUGUGUGCCAUGAUGGUAGAUGUGCCGAAGGCUGAAGGUAUGCUCAGCUGGCGCAGGAACCUCUGGCGAUACUGGAAGUGCUGGCCCAGGAGGUAACAGGACGUCGUCGUGAAAUCGGACACCGAUGUUAUUGUGAGCAGAUGAUGGCGAGAAGGCGAGGAAUGAUAGCAACAAGGCAGCGGUUACGCGGCCAGUCGAGGCGCAUCGAAAGCCGGACAGUCGGGAGCGGCGAUUUGUUGUCAUGAUGGUAUUGACCAUCCUACUGAGCAGAAGGAAAGACGCAUAUACGAUUUGAAUUGAAUUUUGUUGAGUAUAUUGAUGGAAAGUAGAGAAUAUUGAUAGUAGUAGUAGUAGAAGCAGUAGAUCAUGAAGAUGGAUGAAUGAAGGCGGCGACUGUUAUCAAGCCUAUGAUGUUAUGCACGUUAUCGCUGGAAGUGGAGACUUGAGACCGGAAAAAGGGUCACAUG